AUGUCUCAGCCGAAGAUUACAUUCUACGUGGACAUUGUGAGCCCGUUUGCCUACAUUGCUUUCCACGUCCUCAAGAAUUCAAAGGCCUUCAAACAGGUCGAGGUGCAAUAUGUGCCGAUCCUGCUUGGGGGUUUGAUGAAGGUCUGUGGGAACACACCGCCGCUGAACAUUAAGAACAAAGACAAGUGGAUCAAUACGGAGCGCCAGCGCUUGUCGAAACAGUUCAACGUGCCCAUCCUGCAAGAUGCUCCGCCUGGCUUCCCUGUCAGCACAUUGCCCAUCCAGCGCGCCCUGGUAUCUCUCUCGCUCUCUCACCCACAAAAGCUUGAACGCGCAAUAGAGCUCUGCUACGAAAAUUUCUGGGCGCACUGGAACGACCCGACUAAGCCGGAGAAUCUGCAGGCUAUCCUUGGGACUGUUUUGGGCAGUGACGAAGAGGCGCAAAAGGUGAUCGCGAGGACGAAGACCGAUGAGGUGAAGCAGGCUCUGGGCGGAAACACUACCAAGGCGUUUGAAGACGGCGCCUUUGGGCUGCCAUGGUUUGUCGUUCCUCGGCUGCAGAUCCAGUCUACUGAAGAAAUGGAUUACUACCGACAAAAUGAACUCCCCGAGACGGUCAAGCGUUACAAGACCUACACCGACCAAUUCCAAGCGUGGUUGCUCCAGACAGCCUUCCAACGUGGCGUGGAGAUUGCAAAUGUGGUUGCAGACCAGGCUAAGAAGAAAAAGAACAAGAAGGGCUACAGAAUACCGCUACAGAAACAGGAGCAGCUCGUCAACGCCAUAGCCGCCACGAGCGUUCCGCUCGCGGACACCAGUGGUAUCGACGACCUGGGAGACGCUAUCCGGUCAAGGAAGGAGGUAACACAAUAUCACAAACACAAUAACACGGCGGACCUAGGUCAUGAAUACUUCAAUGGCAGCUUAGAAGCGCUCAUGGCGGUGCUGAAGGAUCUUGUCCCCGGUAUCAAUAAGGCUCGAAACGGCAAGACUGACACGCCUACCCUUGUCUUCAUCCAGUUUUCCGCCGAGUCCAACAAAAGCCAAGACGAACAGGACGAUUUACUUGAGAAGAUGCGGAAGCGGGACCAGGUUGACAUGGAUGAUGGCAGCCAGCAGCAGCAGCCUCUGACUUCCAAGACGAAGACGAAGGCGCCGAUACCAGAGGAGAACCUGCUGACUGCAGAGGAAGAACAGUUGCGCCGUGACUUUCUUGUACUCUGCUUCCUUUACAAGUUCAACCGCAUACGGGCUGUCAUCUACGAGGUGUGGGUCGCUUACCAUGAGGGCCAUGUCAAUGCGAUGACCGCAGCGCUAGUGACCGACCUCGCCCAGGAUCAUUUGCACCAGAACGUCAAGGCACUGAUGGAGGAGCUCGAUUUGCUACCAGGAGACCUGGCCACACUCAUCCGUCAGCUUUUCGAUACGAUCAAAGCAGCUCCCAACACUGGAGCACAGAACGCAGCAAUACCGCUCACUGAAAAGGCACUGCGUCACCUGUUUUGUCUGGAUGAUGCUGCCGUCUUGAUCAAGAGCUACGUCACGAAUAAGCGCCCGAUGAAGGACAGUAUUGGCAACGACAUCCAGGAGCACCCUCUCAUGAUAUUUUUGAGGUUCUUCGACGUUAUUCGCAAGGGCAACCUCAAGCUUCCAAAGUGGGAUCACUUUACCGCAGAGAUGCUGUUGCAUCAGAGUACAUCACAAGACUACCUACCCUUCGGCCUUGCCAUUGUUCUCGACAUCCAAGAGGCAGUGCGCGACGACUGUCGUCGGAUGCUACGCGACCUCACCGAGCACGGCUUAGACAUCGCCAGAUGUAUCCGUUGUCAUGUCGACUACGAAGACCGCAUGUGGGCCAAGGGAACAAAGCCUGACUACAUGUGCAAAGAAGAGAUCAAGUUCAGUACCCUCCUGUUGAAGCCUCUAGACAGGCUGUUGGACUGGCUGCAAGAUGUUCUGAAUUCGCGAGAAGUGCCGAUGGCUGCUAGCGUCUUCAUCACCGUUCAUUCGACGCUCGCGGGACUUUCAAUGUGGCACUACAACCAGAUCUACCACCAUACUACCAUUGCCAAGAUACAGUGGUUCAUCAAUGGCCUCGCUCACCUCUACAACGCCGCCUGCCAAAUCGGCGGUCUGAACAUCCAGUGGCCAGACCUCGACUAUCUGAUCAAGAUGCAUGGGUACCUCCCUCGGGUGUCGAAACAAGUUGGAGUGAAACGCGGUUUACGGAGUGAUUUGCCAUUGGAGGCUAAGAUUUCCGAUUACUAUGGCCCGAACCCGGACAAUAACCGUUGGCUGAGGCGUCAUGCAGUCUUCAACCAUCUCUACCGACGGAAAGAGACUGUUGGAGGCGCAUCAGACGAUGACUGUAAACAGGCUAGGCGGAUCUCAGAGGACUUGCGAGACACGUUUGCCGAUCUAGCAACCAAGAUCACGCCCUCGAAGCCAAGGCGAAAAGGCAAGGACAAGGCCAGGGUACGCAAACCCGAUUUCGACAAGCAGGAUGAGACACAUGCCAACCUGCUAGGUACCAUGAGGUCAGAACUGCAGGAGAACGAAGUACACAGUAACUUUGACUUCCUCUCCUUCUAUCGUCGCGCCUUCGGCCUCGUUCUACGCCUUCGCGAGGAAGUUCUCAUGAGCGACGAUGUACGGCGCUCCCGGGCUGAAGACAUCAAUGCAAAUCCCGAGCCCCACAAUUUCCAACUGAUAACAGAUCUCUUCCGCGAUCUUCGAAUUGAGCCCAAGACUAAGAAAGAAGAAGAGGCCGAAGCUAAAGAGGGUGCUGGACAGCAGCUCUCAGCCAAAGUCGUACCGUUGAGGCAGAUUCGACGUGUCGCUGAGAUGAUGCAUGACUUGACCCUUGCCAAGGGCGAUGUGGAGUUGAGGCGCGCCAAGUUACGGGUCAAGGGGGAUUGGGAGAGUCUCAAGGCUUCGUAUGCUGCUGAAGAAGCUGAGAAAGAGGCUUCUGGUGUCGAAGAGAGCGUUCCACAGGCAGAAUCCGAAGACGAAGUGGUGACUGAGGUUUCCGAUGCUUUAGAUGGCCUUGCGCCUCCGCUGAGCAUCGUCAACGGCACCAAGCGCACGUUCGAGGCAGAUCGAGACUCAGAAGAUGGUGGGACGUAUACGCUGGGGUCUCAGAUCUUGGGACAAAAGCAUACACAGUGCGACACGAAAAACUGGUCAGACGAGCCUGAUAGUCUAGAAGUCCUUGAUGUCGCUAUCGAUACCCAGGAUAUGGAGGCCCUGUCACGCUUCGAGGACAAGAGAAAUGACAUCAGGCGCAAAUGCGAAGCGGGCGUUGACUCCGCGAACCGCCCAGUUCACUUGCUCAACUCAGGCGGUUGGAACGGCGCAUGUGUAGAAGUCGCUGCGGACGAACACAUCCCCACUUCCAUUGCGCCCGAAGCAGACCAGCGCCAUUCCUUGGGCGCGCAAAUCAGUCAGGUCAUGGGCACUGCUGCCGCAAUCUCACUCGCAGCACCCAUCAACGAUGACAACAAACACAGCGGCACAAGAUCUAUAGGGGCUCAUUCCACCGUCUCUCUGGUACCGCUAGGAAGCAUUGCAUCGCCUUUCACUGCUACACGCGAUGCGCUAUGGCUCGUGCCCUACAUGGCCAGCAGACUCGUCUGCAGCGACGAAUGGCGAUUGCCGUUACGGAGCUGA